AUGAGGUGGCGGAGGAUGCUCUCUGACUUCAUCUUGGAUCUUCAAGAAGAGGAGCGUACAAGUAAUACGAUCAUUGCUCCGUCCAAUCGUUCAAUGCACGCCACUUCGAAUCUGACAAGCCACCCCACAGCCGUGGACAGUACGUCCCUUGUGUACUACGACUAUCUGAAAAAUCUGAUUCCUUCUUCGGAGUCUGAAGUGAUUAUCAAGAAGGAGAAGAGUCACGAAUGUCCUGUUUGCCACAAGUCUUUUACACGGAAGGCCAUAUACCUCGACCACUAUCGCAGCCAACACUCCGAUGAACGCAUUCUUUGCAGUAUCUGCAGCAAACCAUUUAAGCGACAGAACGACCGCCGAAGGCACGAAAAACUGCAUUCCGACGAACGCGCUUUCCGAUGUCAAGGAGAGAAUGAGAAUGCGCAUCUUGGUUGUGGCAAGCGCUUUGCUCGCCUGCACUCGCUAAGAGAGCACCAACGGCGAAAACCCGAAACAUCUUGCUAUGAGCUCAUUUCGAAGAUACAAUCAAGGCGGUCGUCUGCAACUACAUCGAUUCCAUCAGAACCUGAUUCGUUAAGCGAAGAUGACGGGGACGUCGACGAGGAAGAUUUGGUCAUGCAGAGUAUCGAACCAAUCGAAAUCAUUGAUUCGCCCACCGAAUACGAUAUGGAGUAUAUUGAAGACACGAAACCUGUCACAUCGACGCCACCAGUACCUCAUAUCUCCAUCCAAUCCGCUCACAUAUCAUGGCCCUCUGUAAUAGAGGCCAAGAUUCGGCAACAGGCAGGACGUGCUCUCGCCGCUACCCACCACGAGCAGGUCCAACGGAACGUCGACGUCAAGAAUUCAGUACCAUCGCCAUCUAAUGGAUCGGCAUACCACUGCUGGCUAUGUCCCAGUAGGUAUACGCGGAAAGAGUCGUUCGAAUUUCACCUACAGCAUCACUUCCACGAAUUGGAACAACGGCCGUAUCACUGCUCCCAGUGUGGAGGGGAUUUCUCUCUCAUCGGCCAUCUCAAUACUCAUAUGUCAAACUGUACAGCUGCAUUUGGCUUAUUCCGGUGUAAUUACGGCUGUGGUCGUGCCUUUCCAUCGAAAGAGGACAUGAUUCAACAUUGUAACGCUCCAGAUGAUACUGGAUGCUUCGAGAAAGUCGGAAGAUAUGAACAGCAUGUGAAGGCAAUAAUUCUAAAUCGCUUGGCACAGCUCAAGGUGUAA